GUAAAGCAAGUUCAGUGUUUUCUUUAGUCUUCUACUGUCCUUUGCAAUUUGAGAGCAAGAGCAAAAGACUGGUCAAGUCCUUUUAAAAGCAAAUACAUAAUUAAAAUAUUCAUUUUCAUUUUCACUUUCACUGUCUUCUGCUUUCUUUUUGAAACUUUGAAGUUCUCUCUGUAUAUAAUAUGCUGAGAUUACUCAACUGGGUUCUCUUAGUUUCAUCUCUAUCUCAUUAAAGUUUUCAAAUUUCCACUGUCCCUUUCCGUUUUGAAGGUUUUCAGUAGGGGGAUUUGUUUUAUUCAUAUCAGCUUAAUCAUGAGCAAAGAAAUUAGAGAUAGUUGGGAUGAUGAAUGCUCUGUUAUAGGAGAUAAAGGAGAGAUUGGGUUUAUUGAUUUUGAGGAUGAUCAGUCUGUCUUAAGUUAUGACCCAAACGGAGAGGGUCCAGUUAUUAUAUCCAUUCCAUUUCCAUUUCUUCAAGGGAAACCUCAAUCUGUUUUUGUAGGAGAAACUUCAAAGUGUUCAAUAACUAUAAAGAACUCUACUAGUGACCCAAUGGACAUUUGGGGAAUUAAAAUAUUCUGCUCAAAUCCUGCGGACUCUUUUACAUUAUCUCUUAUGGAACCCAACUCAAAAUCAGAAAAUAUUCAAGGCUUCUUGGAAGGAUUUUCUAUCGAGGACAGAGUGCUUCAACCUCUCCAGACUUUAACGAUUUGGUUAUCUUGCAAACCUAAGGACAUGGGUUUGCACACAACUGUGGUGCACUUUGAUAUAGGAGAUGAUAGAAUUGAACGUGUGGUAUUUCUAUUGGCAGAAGACAAAGUCUCUCAGUCUCUAGCUUCUAACAAGCCAUAUAGAAGACAGCCUAGAAAAAAGAAUUUUGCUGUUGAUGAAUAUGUUGUCUCCUCACGUCCAGCUAGGACAACAAAUCAAGGUUUCAAGUCUAGGCUCCGAGAAUAUCCAAUCCCAAAGGAUGUUCGAGAGUUGCUGAUGAAUAAGCAACUCCCUGAAGUUGUAGCUCAAGGUUUAGCGAGGAAUAACUAUGCUGCUUUCUUCAGUACAUUGCUUAUCAUGGAAGAGCUACGUUUGGAGGAAGAUAUGCGGUCCUAUAAUUUGGAAUGUGUCAGAAUGAGGAGAAAAGGGGCUCAAUCCCUGGCUCUUGAAGUCCCUGGGUUGGCUGAGAAGAGGCCUUCACUUGUACAUGGAGAUCAUGUUUUUGUGAAGCUUUCUGCUGGCAGCUCAGGUGAUAAUAAUGUGUAUAAGGGUCACAUCUACCAUGUUGAGGCCGAUGAAGUGCUUCUGAAUUUUGCGAAAGAAUUCCAUGCUAGUCACAAAAAUGAGAAUUUAUAUGAUGUCAGAUUCUCAUAUAAUAGGGUAGGCAUGAGGAGGUUGUAUCAAGCUGUUGAAGCUGCAGAAAAUUUAGAAUCUGUUCUUCUAUUUCCAUCACAAUCAACCAAAAGGAGAUUGGUUAAAACAAAUCCUUUUAUGCCAUUUACAAUUCUAAAUGAGGAGCAGAUGUGUUCCGUUGAAAUAAUCCUUGGUUGCAAAGGUGCUCCUCCGUAUGUGAUUUAUGGGCCUCCUGGUACGGGUAAAACUAUGACUUUAGUGGAAGCAAUCUUGCAAGUUUAUGCCACAAGAAAGAAUGGUCGGAUUCUUAUUUGUGCUGCUUCAAACAGUGCUGCAGAUCACAUAUUAGAGAGACUCGUUGGUAAUCAGGUGGUUAAAGUGAAAGAGACUGAGAUAUUUCGGCUUAAUGCUACUAGCCGUGCUUAUGGGGAUGUUUCCCCCGACUAUAUUCGCUUUUGCUAUUUUCAGGAUUCCAUUUUCAAAUGUCCUCCACUUCAGGCCUUGAGCCGUUAUAGGAUCAUCAUAUCUACCUAUAUGAGUUCAGCUCUACUUAAUGCAGAAGGUAUUAAGCGUGGCCAUUUUUCUCAUAUCUUCUUAGAUGAGGCUGGCCAAGCUUCAGAGCCAGAAAGCAUGAUUCCCAUAGCCAACCUUUGUCGUAGAGAAACUGUAGUUGUUCUUGCAGGAGAUCCAAAGCAACUGGGUCCUGUUAUAUUUUCAAAAGAUGCCGAGGUUUUUGGAUUAGGAAAAUCUUAUCUUCAAAGGCUAUUUGAGUGUGAAUUUUACCAUAAUGAAGAUGAAGGUUAUGUAACAAAGUUGGUGAGAAAUUAUCGGUGUCAUCCGGCAAUUCUAGACCUCCCUUCAAAGCUUUUCUACAAAGGAGACUUACUUGCAUGUAAAGAAGAUACCUCUUCCUCCAUUAGUGCUGAGGUGGAUUUCCUUCCUAACAAAGAAUUUCCUAUUCUGUUCUUUGGCAUUCAAGGCUGUGAUGAAAGAGAAGGCAAUAAUCCGUCAUGGUUUAACAGAUUUGAGGCAAGCAAGGUUGUUGAUAUCAUCAAUAAGCUGAGAGAAAGUACUGAUCUCAAUGAGGCAGAUAUUGGGGUUAUAACACCUUAUCGCCAGCAGGUCCUCAAGAUCAGAAAAGUACUUGAAGCUUGGGACAUGCCUGAUGUUAAGGUUGGGAGUGUUGAGCAAUUUCAGGGACAAGAGAAAGAGGUUAUUAUUGUAUCGACUGUCAGGUCAACAGUCAAACACAACCAGUUUGACAGAACUUACUGCCUAGGAUUUCUUAGCAAUCCAAAGAGAUUCAAUGUUGCAAUUACCCGUGCCAAAUCAUUGCUUAUUAUUGUUGGGAACCCACACAUAGUCUGUCAGGAUCGUUACUGGGACAAGCUUUUAUGGUAUUGUUGUGACAAUAACUCAUACCAAGGCUGUCCUCUCCCCGAAAGACCAGACCAUGCAGAUGAAAUGCUGAAUCCAGAAAUGAACUCAAGUAAUGAAUUUGAGAGUCCACACUCAAAAGUAGGGGCAUGGGGCCAACCAUUUCAAGGAGAAGACAUUCCAGAAAUUCCACAACCUGUUACUGAUGAAGCUGAGUGGUCGGACGGCUGGAAGUAAAAUUUCCCAACUUGUUACUACAUGGAUUUUCCUUUUUUUUCUUUUUUUCUUUUUUUCUUUUUUUUGUCAUGUCUGGAUGAUUGCGUCUUUAGAGUUUUGAUUUACAUAUAACUACAUGGAAACUUGAUGGUGAAUACAAAAUGUAUUAAUGGUA